UGCUGUAAGUCCUCGUAAGGUGAUUGGAUUAAGCGAACAUGGAGAAAUGAAGGGAGGAAAUGUACACGAAUAUACAGCGUCGGCACGCUUUUUGUUCGUGUUGAUCGACCAUAACUGUGUCGUAAGCGGGUGGAACAGGCAGCACUUUACGGUUACGAGCACCAACUAAAAAUCCAUUCUAGCUAUGUGGUUUUCGUUACUUAUAUUAUUGGUGUACUUAUCUAACAGUGGAGGCCAAAGAAUACUUAUUCGAGACGCGCCACCAGUAACAAUUCGCAGGCAGGGUGUCACAUCGGGCGUUGAAGUGACGCUGUCUAAAAUAGGCCAUCGGGCUUGGAUGUACUUGGGCUUGCCAUUUGCUCAGCCUCCAGUGGGAAAUUUACGGUUCGCACCACCAAAUGUAGAUCCCCUGCCAGCGUGGUCUGGAAUACGAAAUGGUUCCGUUCACAUGCCAUCAUGCAUGCAAGACCCGCAAAUGUUGCAUAAUCGUAACCGAGUGUUUGAAGCACUCAUGCCAAAUUUGCAAAUUCGUAUGUCUGAAGAUUGUCUGUAUCUCAACGUUUAUCGACCUGAAGGAGCUAUACCGGAUGAAAAGUUUCCAGUGAUGGUUUGGUUUCAUCCUGGAGAUUUCCAUUCUGGAUCACCAUCUUUGUGGGAUGCUUCAGUAUUGGCUGCCAAACAAAAAGUAAUCGUAGUAACAACGGCGUAUCGAUUAAAUAUAUUCGGUUUUUAUUCUGACAGCUCAUCUGAGGCUUCUGGAAAUUGGGGUCUUUUAGAUCAAGUAGCUGCCCUAGAUUGGGUGAACCAAAAUAUCGAUAGUUUUGGCGGAUCGUCACAAAAUGUAACAAUAUUUGGUCAAGGUUCUGGAGCUGUUUGUGUAGGACUACAUACUUUGUCACCACUAUCUCGAGGCAAGUUUCAGCGAGCCAUUAGCAUGGGAGGAAAUGUACUACAAAGAAUUGCCAUUACUACUUUUGACACCGAGACUGUGUUAGAAAUGUUGGCUGACAAUGUUACAUGUUUUAGAAAUACGUUGACCGGUUGCUUAAAGAAUAUUGUUGCCGAAGAAUUGUAUAAACAGGGAGGUAUGUUGACUCAUUGGGGUCCUGUCGUUGAUGCAGUGGCACUCGCCAACGGAUCACGGGAUCCUUUUUUACCGGAUGAACCAGGUAUUCUCAUGGCUGCCGACGGACUUAACCCAGCGGCCCACAUGAUAGGUUUUAACCAUAUGGAAGAGGCGUACGAGCUCUAUGAUAAAGUGGAUGCAGUUGAAUCAAUAGGUGUUACUCGAGAUAGAUUUGAGAACCUUAUUCGAGAAAUGGUUGAUGAAGAACAAUUACCGGGAGGGCAACUAGCACCAAUGAUAGCUAGUGAAGAAAACUGUACUCUGAAUGUAGAUUUUGUUUUAGAAACCGUCAUUUUUCGAUAUGGUUAUCAAGCAAAUGAUCCUGAAAAUUUGCGAGGAAAUUAUGUAAAACUGGCAACAAACAAGAAGUACGGUUCGACUGCAUUUCGUAUGGCCAUUUUCACUUCCAAGCGAAGUCCUACUUAUAUGUACCGAUUUGAAUACAAGUUGCGAACAACCAAAGUGCUAGUAGUACCGGAAUGGAUAGACGCGGCGCAUAUGAUGGAAUUGCCAUUUGUAUGGGGUAUGCCGUUUUGGACUAAUCUACAAAAUAUUGAUUGGUCGUCGGCUGAUAGGCGUAUGUCUGAAAAUAUGAUGAAUAUGUGGACAAAUUUUGCAAGAUUUUCAAAUCCAACGUUUAAGGGAUUCACUGUAAAGUGGGAAGAAUUUAAAGGUAUUAGUCCAAAAGUAAUGGUGCUUGACAAAAAUCUUAACUUGUCUUUUCCUGAUCAGGAAUACAAUUUUUGGGCUGAUUACUAUCCAAAAGUCUUAAAUGUCGCAAUGCAGUGUUGCCAAAAUGUUACAACCGAUGGUGCCAGUAUUUCAUCACUUUCAUUAGUUUUUUUGAUAUUUGUUCCAUUGUUAUUGUAUUCAUUUCCUAUAGACCUAAUACACAUAAGCGCUUCAUGGUAGUAGGCAAAAUUUAAUAGUUUAUAAACUCACUGAUAUAUCAGUAUCAAUGAAAUUUAAAUUACUUUCGCAAUUAGUACACAACGGGGUUAUUUGUUAACUUUUAAAUAUGUCAAUCAAAUAUUAUAUUGUGUUACAUCUAAAAUAACAGAAUAUUUUAAUCAUAGUUCUACCAGAUUUUGUAAUUUAAAUAUGAAAGAUGCUAUAGUUAUUAAUAUUAGUUUAUUUAGGAUAUCCACAUGUACUAUUUUAAUUGUAUUAUAAUAGAUAGCAGUAUUAUAGCUUCAACUAACUUAGAGACUUAUAUCAAAGAAUAGCCAGAAGGAAAAAUAAUUUGAAUUUACAUUGGCACUUAUUAAGUUCAAGAAAGCAAGUCUGACAUGACUAGAAAUCAAACGUGCUGCCAUUUGUUGAGAAAUCUUCUUGUUUCUUUAUACCGUGUAUAACUGAUUAUUUAAUUUCAAAUUAACAGCCUUAUAUUUUUUACAAAAUUUACAUUGUAUCCACACCACAUAAAGCUUAAAAAUAAGAGUAAUAUUUGUUUUCUAUUAUAGCUGUUUACGAUAACACCUCCACAGCACAGAAGUCUGAUAAGAACUAAUAUUAUGAUUUUUUUUACGGAAAAACUAAAUGUAUUUUGAUUAAAAACUUUCGUUAAAAAAAAGUUUUAAUUAGAUAUGCUGUCUAAAUUAAAUUAAAUUAAUUGUUUUCACAAUGAAUUUUUAAGAAUCUUCAAGUAAAAUAAAAUAAAAAUUAUGAACAAUUAAAUUAAUUCAACAAUUAUGUCUAAUAGAUUAUUUAACAUAAAUAACUAAUUAAUAAAUUAGUUAAUCAACUCAAUUUAUUAUUUUUUUUUUUGCUUAAUUUUGUGAGUAAAUUGUAAUUAUAAACAUUCUGUAUAAAUUAAGUUCCUAUAAAAUAAGUUAUUUAAAUAGAUAGUAUGCCAAUUAAAUAGUAAUUUAAUGUAAAUUAUCUCCUAGGUCAUUUUUUAAAAUAUUUUCUCAAGAAAAUUAAAAUAGUUGAUCUCCAGAUCAAAUAAUAAUUACUAACUUCAAAUAGGAUGACUUGGGAC